AUGGAUUUCCAUCUGGUGCCUCGCGGGGAAGAUCGCAAUUACACGGGAUUUUUAACCAAGACCAUCGUCUACAGUGCUACCCUGGUUCUCUUUCUGACCUCAUUUGGAUUGUCCGUCUCGUCGAUUGUUGCUCCAAAAUGGGUCAGCUACCACAGUGAAAAGCCAUCUUUCCACUACUCCUACGGCCUCCACCGUCGGUGCUCCUCCCUCACUGAUACCUGCGAGAGCUUCCCACAACGCGAAGACUGCCAUGGCGAAGACCGCUAUUUUUGCUCCAUGUGGCGCUCCGUCGGGUUUCUUAUGUCCUUUGCGAUUGUACUGGAGGGGAUGAGCAUUGUUGCCUACGUGAUUAUCCUAUCGGGCGGGAAACGACUGCGCGAGUCGGGGUGGAAAGUUCUCAGUCUCUUGAUCGUCUUGUCGGCUGCGGUGCAGGCCGCCAGCAUGUCCCUCGUGGCAUAUCUGUUUGAAAAUGAAGAUCGCUUCUUCGUGGGGUGGAAACUGGAUGAAUCCUGGAUUUACUGCACGGUGAGCUGGGUGGUGAGUCUGUUUUGUGCCGGGGCUCUGGUGAUUGCAGCCUGGGUGCUUCCCUCCGAGGGAGGAUAUGAAUUGAUUCCGGAUCACUCGUAA